AAAAACACACUUUAGAAUAUCCCGGAGCAAUAUCCCAAUGGCGGGCAUCUCAUUUACAUUUGCCCCCUCCUCGUAUGUUGUCUCUGUACGGAACCCUGUUUCAGUUUUUGUUUCUCCUAAAAGUUUUUUUAAAACUAAUGACCUGAAGAGUAAAAGACAACAAAAGCAGCAUUAUGUUUGUGUUUGUGAAUGCACGGGUCGUGGCGGCGUUGACUCCAAUUCUGCAGUCGUCGCUGGUGAUGACAUGUUUUGUGUCAAUACAUCUAAUGACGAAUGUGAUGUUGAUUAUCUUGGUCAAAGCACCAAAGGCGACUUACACCUCAAAUACGGAAUAAAUGGUCAGACAGAUGUUGCAUGGAAAGGUCCAAUAGAAGAGGUUGCCAGGCUUCAAGCGAUAGAAGCCGAGGGGUUGCUUAAGGACUUAGGAAUACAGGAUCCAUCUUCUUCGAGACAUUCUUCACGUGGCAUAUUUUGUACACGUACAUUGAAUCUUCGGUCAAUCAGUGCAAUCGGAUAUGACAUGGAUUAUACUUUAAUGCACUAUAAUGUCAUGGCCUGGGAAGGGCGGGCUUAUGACUACUGUAUGGAGAAUCUAAAAGCAGUCGGUUUUCCUGUUGAUGGACUUGCUUUUGACCCUGACUUGGUUAUCAGAGGACUUGUCAUAGAUAAAGAGAAAGGCAACUUGGUUAAGGCUGACCGAUUUGGGUAUGUGAAGAGGGCUAUGCAUGGUACAACAUUGCUAUCUACCCAAACUGUCAGUGAGAUGUAUGGGCGGGAACUGGUGGAUCUGCGGAAUGAAAGUAGAUGGGAGUUUCUCAAUACACUGUUUUCUGUUUCAGAAGCAGUGGCAUAUAUGCAGAUGGUUGAUAGAUUGGAUGAAGGGAUUAUUCCAGCUGAUCUUGGUGCACUUGAUUACAAAGGACUUUACAAGGCUGUUGGUAAGGCGCUCUUUAGGGCUCACGUAGAAGGUCGAUUAAAGAGUGAGAUUAUGUCCAAACCAGAACUGUUUGUAGAGCCUGACCCAGAGUUGCCUUUAGCACUUCUUGACCAAAAGGAGGCGGGUAAAAAGUUACUGCUGAUCACCAACUCGGAUUAUAUUUAUACAGACAAGAUGAUGCGACAUUCUUUUAAUAGAUUUCUUCCAAAUGAUAUGAACUGGCGAGAUCUGUUUGAGAUGGUUAUUGUCUCAGCUAGGAAGCCAGAGUUCUUUCAAAUGUCACACCCUUUAUAUGAAGUGGUGACAAGUGACGGCCUGAUGCGGCCAUGUUUUAAAGCUCGUCCAGGAGGCUUAUAUUCUGGAGGAAGUGCUCAAAUGGUUGAAAAUUUUUUAGGUAUACACGGAGAUGAAAUAUUGUAUGUCGGUGAUCAUAUUUAUACAGAUGUGAGCGUAUCUAAAGUACAUCUUCGCUGGCGGACAGCAUUGAUUUGUCGAGAAUUGGAAGAAGAGUAUAAUGCUCUAAUUCACAGUCGGGAGCACCGGGCUAAGCUUGUAGAACUGUUAAAUCAGAAGGAAGUUGUUGGAGAUCUCUUUAAUCAACUCCGUCUUGCUCUACAGAGGAGAAACACGGGUCGUCCUGCUCAAACCCUUGCUGCUACUCAUAUGGAUGAUAAAGAGCUCACAGAGAGUGUGCAAAACCUACUUAUUGUGAUGCAACGGCUGGAUGAAAAAAUUGCACCAAUGUUGGAAGAGGACGGUGAACAUUUCAGUAAAAGGUGGGGAUAUCUGUCACGUGCAGGUUUGUGGGACAAGAGUCACCUUAUGCGACAAAUAGAGAAGUAUGCUGAUAUUUAUACCUCCAGAGUGUCAAAUUUUCUUAAUUAUACACCUUUCAUGUAUUUCCGCUCACAGGAACAGACACUAGCCCACGAUUCAUACUCAUUUUAUCAAUCUCAAAACAAACCAUGAGUUAAAGAGUGUGGUAAAUCAUGCGAGUCUAUUCUUACCUUGUAAUGGAAGUGUUACUUCAAGCUACUGUUUUGUCCCCUUCUUUACCAUGAAGAUGAUUUUGUAGUUAAUUCUGGGAUGUAGCAUGUUAAAACCCUAUGUAAUAUGAUUGAACCAUAAAUUCUAGAUACAAUUUAGUCCACGAUUCCAAAUGUUGAGGCUGCUGUUUCAUCAAACACGGAGCUAGGUCACAGGGUACUAUACUUCUAGCUGCCAACAGAUGCUUUAUUUAGUUAUCAUUGGCAGAGCUAGAUACGCCCAAGAGAGUGCAGUUAAACCCUCUGAACAAAAGUUCUCCAUUAUUCUAGUGUAAUCUCUAGUAAAUUUUGUGUAAAUUUGUAUUUGAACC